AACUGGUUAGUUGUAUAGGUUUAGUUGCUCGCAAGAAAUACCGUUAUAUACCAUUUAUUCACUGAACCACAUCCACUGGAAGGAAUCUGCUUGGAGCCAUCGGCCGGUUCCAAAAUGAAACAGAAAUGGGUGUUACUCGUACUUACAGCGGCUGCGAUCAUGACAACGCCCCUGCUUGCUCAGGACGAUCAACUCGAAACCGACUGCAACCAACCCAGUACAACCAACGAUAAGAUAGCCGCAUCCACGCCGCCAACCGAAUCGCCGUACCGCACUGACAAUAUAACACAGGACGAAUGCCGCAGCUACGCCGCCAUGCAACGCGAUACCGGCAACAUGUGGCGAUCCAAGACGUGCAGUCCCGACAUGCCCAACGACUGUAAAGGGCCAUUUGGAGAGAACUCCCUACUGCUCACCUGCCGCGGCUCCAGACUGGACCAACCGGAAAUGAUCGAAGUAGCCACGAACAUCAGCCGAAUCAGUCCACGCCGACCUGUGGCUAUUCAUUUCGAACGCGUCGAGAGUAUGAGCGGACCCACACCGGAUGUUCUCAAAUCCGACGUCAUCGAGCCAUUCCGUAACCAAGUUAUCGAAAUCAAAAUGAGAGGCUGUACGGGCUACACGGACAGAAUUACCGGCAACGUGUACGAAGUGGGAAUGCUACCGAAUCUGUAUCGCUUCGGUAUCUUUCACUGUAUGGGUCUAAAACUGCAGAAAAAAGAUUUCUCCCGUAUGCCACAAGUCAAGAUGAUUUAUAUCGAGUUGUCGACCAUUGAGGAUAUGGAGCCGUAUACGUUCACCGAUUUAAAACACCUGCAGUUGUUGGUGUUGGAAGCUGCUGCAUAUACUGGCAUCAGUCAAGUGGAAACAUACCAACGAAUCGGCCGCCCCGAUAGAGCCCCACUCCAGCCCAGGGAUGUGGAAAGAAUACGGAAGCUGCACUGUGACUGCAAAUACGCCUGGUUUCGUAAUUUCCUGAGAAAAAAUCCUUCUCUCACUGCCAGCAAGGAACCAGGUGAAGUGUACGCCGUCGGUGCUUACAAAUCACCGUGGAUUUUCAUCCAGAACGCCUUGAUACCGGAUGUCCUUAGUGUCGAUUGCGCUCGACCGCUGGCUAUCGAUAAUAUCCGCCGCAGUAACGGCUCUCAGUAUUCGUAUAAUACACCCUGCUACAAUUUAAAGUGCUAAAAAAAGCGUAAAAAUAGUUCGUUAACUAGUGAUGGAUGUUUUGUGCAUUUCUUCAUUAAGAUAUUGGGUUUUGAUCAGAGGUACGAGGCAAGCGACAACUCUUUCCCAUCGCUUUAGUAAAUUUUAUCACUUUCCCUGCUGCA